CAAUGGCUGUUGGGCUUGGCGUUUGGACCCUGGUAACCGUUAUCUUGACAAUCGUCUUCAUCAAAAUAAGAAAAGGCAGGAAAGAGUCAAUACGGCUUCAAAAAACUACAGAGGCGGAGAAUGCCCCAUACGAGUCAUCGCUGACAAUGACAGGUGACAUAUACCUUGAUCCUGACUAUGAAACAAUAGAAGAGCACGACGAAGGCUAUGAAUAUUUGCCUGAAUCAAAAGAAGUGUUGACUGUUCCUCGUUGCCUUUCCGAAAUCAAUAGCAGAGAAUCCUACAUAAAACCCAUCAAUACUGACGGAUCAUAUUUGAAUGCAAUGCAUGUAAACUCUGCUAAUGGGCAUUACUAUAAUAAUCACCCUUACCUGGAUUUGGUUGGUGACCCGUCAAGUAAAGAAGAUAAAAAGGAGUUUUUUGAUGUUGAAAAUCCCAAAAUUUCUGAAACUCAGUAAUGAGUCAAUAUAAAAAUAUUUUCCGUGAAACCUAAACGCUAACGAUAACAGAGCUCUGUCCUGUUUUGAAAUAAAAAAAAAUAAUAACAUCUAUAUUUUUGUGAUUUCAUGUGAUGUAGUAUGAAAAUAAAACGAAAAAUAUGGAGACA